AUGGCGACACCGGAUGUCACAACCGCGUACUGUAGGAGGAUGGCAGUUCUCGUUUUUGCCAUCGCCCUACUAAUAUGCCCCACGGUCCAUGAGGCCGCGAAGGACCCAGCAGGAGCAGCCACAAACGUUUGCAGUUCGGCAGAUUCUUCAAUAUCUAUCCAGGUCGACCCCAAAACGAAACAAGCGGAGUUUGUCUGUGAGAAACCGACAACAUAUGUGUGGCCGCAAGAGCGUGACGGUGUUGUAGGCGAGUACUUUAUGGAUCAGGCUGUCAGCGCUCCAACCGGACUGGUUGGAGAUUUUGGUGAGGGUUCACAGCUUGAGGUGCAAAAGAAAGGUGAAGAAUCCGUGCCACCGACACCCGUAACCGCGCGCCUAACAGUCGCAAUGCUUCCUGACUUGCAGCGGACUAUCUACUUCGCUUGCAGCACCAAAGCAUAUCAGGCAGGGCAGUCAGAAGGCCUGCCACCGAAUACUGAUGACUUGCAUAGUGAGCAGGAGAACUCGAACAGUGAAGGCUCCCACAAGCCAGGCGGUGUUGUAGGACUCGGCGGAGAGGGACAGGGCCCUGACCACAUUCCCGAUCACGAAACAGAGGAGACCGGAGAUCGAGGAGAGACUGAGGAGGCGCUGAAGCCAGUAACGCCUUCUUCUCCCAGCAAUGGAGGAGUUGGUGCAGCAGACGCCCCUAGGCAUUCAGAAAACGACGCAGGUGGACUGGAAGAAGUGGUGAAAAAAAAUACAGUGGUUACCGGCGUGUCUCCGCAGAGCCCUGGUGCAAGCGAGGCGCCGUCGCUCGGCUCAGGCACCCCACCCUCGGCCCCGGAGGCUCACAGUGCAGGCGGAGUGGGUCUAGAAAUCACACGGCCGGACCAAGCAGAUCAAAACGCAGUGGUCCAAAAAGACCAAGGCGAGGACACGCCGAAGGAGGCACGGGAAGGCUCAAGACUUCGGCGCCUGGCGGGACGAUCAGACAACACGAAAUGCAUUGUCGCAGUGACAGUCCCCGCGGACCCAAGUGCACUCACUUGCACUACAGAGAAGAGGACAAUGGAGCUCGAUGUCAACGACCAAACUAAGAGCGUCGACUUCAAGUGCGACACAAAUAUCUCUUCGCUCUCUCCUCCAAACAGCGCGACGACUGUGUACGAUGGAUCAUGCGAGAAGGAGCUGUCACUAGAAAAAGUGCUUCCGACUGCCAAGGUGGAAUCCACGGAUUCCGGCUACACAUUCAGGGUGGACCAGCUGCCACCGACCUCGACCACAGUCUGCUACAAGUGUUCGGCCCCUUCGGAGCAUGCAGAAAGGACAGAGGGUGCGGCGGCGUGCACCAUCAAGAUAAGGAUUGCCAACGCCUUCUCCAGUGGUGCUGCCACAAAGGAGUCAUGGCCAGCCCUUGCGUUGGGUGCCACGCUCAUUGGCUUCGGCGUAUACACCGUCGCGUAG